GUUUAAUGUUUCUCAGAUAGUGAGUGAGUCUUCCAGCUUAUCUGUUCUUCCACAGCAAGAAACAAACUGAAUGUUUAAUAUGUGAUGGUUUUCAAAGAGGACAGGGCCAUGAAGGAAACAUUAAAUGAAUUGUCCCACCUGAGAGACUCUAUGUUCGGUCAACCCUGGCCCAGACAUGGACUCAAACUCCUCUACUGGUUCGCCAAUGACUGUGUUUCUUUUGGUAAUGACAAUAUCAUGAUCUCUGAAUGUGACCCAGCCAACGGAGACUUUGGUUUUCACCAUUUUAAGAACAGAUAUGACGAAAAUGGGGAUAAACUUCUUCCAGACAUAGACUUCCCUUACUAUGUGGUUGGCAAUCUAAAUUCACCAGGAGCUGAAGAACUUCCUGAUUAUGUCUCAGAAGACAAUUCUCCUGGCCUUCACAACAGCAACACAGACCGGAUUAUUGUCAGUCUCUAUGAUGAGGAGUGGUUUCAGAGAGUUUAUGUGACUCAACACCAUGACCGAUCAAACGACUACGAUCCAAACGCCACUUACCCAAUCUCCAGAGGCCUUCUCAAGAUCAUCAGGAGGAUGAAUUUAGAGGACUUUCUGGAGGAGAUGGGUUAUUUUACAUACAUACAGCCUUUCUACCCAAUGCCUGUCAUCAAUUACAGUCCUCAAACUACAAACACAUUCAGUCUAGAAUUCACUGCGGUCACUCCAUCAUCCAGUGAUUCAGAUGACAGCGAGCCUUUCAAUUUCAUAUUUAUCUUUUCCCAUACCUACACAGACAGAAGCAAAUAA